UCAGGAUUAACCUCCUCGCUGGAGAAAUCUAGCAGCAGCUGAACUGCAGCUGAACAGUCGAACCCUUCGCCGUCCUCUACCUUACUCUCCUUCCUCCAUCCUUCUUCUUCUUCUCUCUUCGUCUUCUUGGUCGUCCUCCCUUCGCCCAGGCUAAGAAGCCGUGAGAUUGAGAGGUAAGGCAAUGCAGAGCCAACUUAUAUGCAGUGGAUGUAGGAUCCCUCUCCUUUAUCCAAGAGGGGCGGCCAAUGUUUGUUGUGCAAUAUGUAACAUGGUGACAGCCGUGCCCUCUGCAGAUAUGGCUCAGAUAAUAUGUGGUGGGUGUCAAAUUUUGUUGAUGUAUGCUCGUGGUGCAUCUACUGUGAGGUGUUCCUGCUGCAACACAAUAAAUGUCGCAAGAGCAGCAAACCAGGUUGCACAGUUGAGUUGUGGUCAUUGCCGGACAACUCUAAUGUAUCCUUAUGGAGCUCCAUCUGUCAAAUGUGCAGUAUGCCGCUAUGUUACUAAUGUUGGGAUGAGUAACACUAGACCUUCAACUCCCAUACCCCCCACAACCGCACCAGUUUCCAUUUCUGCUACUCGCAAGCCAAGUAAUAAUGUGACUGUUGUUGUUGAGAACCCAAUGUCAGUGAAUGAAAAUGGCAAAUUGGUGAGUAAUGUUGUCGUUGGAGUUACCACUGAUAAGAAGUGACAUUGCAGAAUUGCCAAUGAAUGAUCCACAGCUUCUUCUGUUGUAAAUUGUAACUUAAUUAAUAUUGGUGAAUAUAAUGCGAUGCCUUUGUUGUCCAAACGACUGUGUACAGUGAAGAAUAUGAGGAUUUGUUGAUCAUUUACAGGAAAAAAAAAAUUGUUGAGUUUGGAAGCCUUGCCUUUUGUUAAUGUACAAGGUUUGGGUUGAAGUGCCCAGGUGUUUCUUUGCACGAAUUUCAAAGUAUCAGAGAUGAAUAUUUGUUUUGGGUUCAGGAUUUGACUUUAUUCAAUUAUACAUGUUGGUUUUAUAUUUA